AUGUUUGAUGAACUUAUUUAUUACACAGAAGUGGCAUGUAAUCAUUUCACUCCUACUAAAAUGACAAUCAACUCUCUAAAAAUCAGACCAGCCUGGGUAAAUGCCAGUUUAAAAUUUCUUAUCAGAAGCAAACAAAAUUUAAGAUACAAAAAUUGCUCGAGUAAAUGGAAUAACCCUGUUCUAAAAUUUGAAUACAAAAUGAUUUGCAAAAAAGUAGAGCAUGAGAUUAAAAAAGUUAGACAAAACUUUGAAUAUGAUCUGGUAAAAAGAGCUGUCAAGAAUCCAAAGCUCUUGUACAGCUACAUAAACAAUCAACGAGCAGUCAGAGAUUCAAUCAAAGCAUUAAAAGGAACGGAUGGUGAAACCACUCAAAAUUCAAAAUGUGUUGCGGAUAUUUUAAACAAAAACUUUCAAGCAGCAUUUUUGAGAGAAGACUUUAUUAUGACGUUUAUUAUGACGACAGAAGAUUUUAAAUAUGAAGAUGUCUUUUUAAGAGUAAAAAACUUGAAAGAAAACAAAUCAAGUGGUGUUGAUAACUUACAUUCAGCUAUUUUAAAAAACUGUGCAUCAACAUUUGCUAUUCCACUUACAUAUAUUUUUAAAAAAUCAAUUGAAACUAGCAAAUUGCCAGAGCAAUUCAGAUCAGCAAAUAUUACUCCUCUGUACAAAAAAGGUGAAAAAACCUUAGCAGUAAACUACCGACCGAUAUCACUCACCUCAAUUGCUUGUAAAAUAAUGGAAGGUAUAAUGAGACGUAAACUUGAAAUUUUUCUGAAUGAGUAUAAACUCAUAGUCAAGCAGCAGCACGGUUUUGUUAAAAGUAAAUAUUGCACAACAAAUCUACCUGAUACACUAGAUUUUAUUUCCACCAGUUUAGAAAAUGGUAAACCUGUUGAUGUUAUUUUUUUGGAUUUAGCUAGGGCAUUUGACACAUAA